AUGGCCAAUAGUCCUACUAUGUGCCAACUUUAUGUGGAUGAAACUCUUGCCCCUCUUAGACAAAAAUAUCCCAGAUUGAGAUGCAUUCAUUAUAUGGAUGAUAUUUUACUAACAGCAAAGAGUAAACAUAUGCUGGAAAAGGCAUAUGUGGAUUUGAUUGAGAUGUUAAAGCACAGAGGACUGUUUAUAACCCCUGAAAAGGUACAGCAGGACCAGGUUGUUGAUUACUUAGGAGCAAAAAUAUGUAAAAAUUGUGUUACUCCACAAAAGUUAGAGUUGAGAAAAGAUAAUCUAAAAACCUUAAAUGAUUUUCAAAAAUUGUUAGGAGAUACUAAUUGGGUUAGAAGCUAUUUAAAGCUACCAAAUUAUGAGUUGAGACCCCUUUAUGCUAUGUUGCAAGGAGACCCCACUUUGGAUUCUCCUAGACAGUUAACCAAAGAGGCAAGAGAGACUUUACAUAAGGUAGAAGAGAGAUUACAAAAUGCCUGCUUACAGAGAAUACAGGAAGACAAGAGUAUUACCCUGUGUAUACUCCCUACCUUUUCUCAACCUACUGGGUUGUUGUGGCAAGAAGGCCCAUUGUUUCGGAUUCACCCGAAAAUAUCACCGGCCAAGUCCAUUGAAUAUUACCCUACUGCUGUGGCUGGUGUUGCACUAUCUGGAAUUCAACAAUGCUUACAGUAUUUUGGAAGUGCCCCAUCUACCAUUAUAGUUCCUUACACCAGCCAUCAAGUUCAAACCUUGUGUGCUACUAUAGAUGAUUGGGCUAUUUUACAAUGUAGCUUUACUGGACAAAUAGACAACCACUUUCCAAAACAUCCCCUUUUGGGUUUUUUUAAGGAACACCCAAUUAUCUUUCCUAAGGUAACGACUUCCCAACCCAUUGUAAGUGCCCCUAAUGUAUUUACUGAUGGCUCAAAAACGGGAUGUGGUGUAUACAUGGUUGAGGCACAACGACCGGUACAACACCAGUUUCAGCCCGGUGUUCCUCAGAUGGUAGAGUUAAAAAUUGUUAUAAAAGUUUUUGAAGCAUGCCCGUUUCCUUUUAAUUUAAUAUCUGAUUCUGCUUAUGUUAUUAAUGCCCUCAAGGUUUUAGAGGUUGCCGGACCUAUUAAGAGUUCCAGUCCGGUUGGUCCAUUAUUUCAACAAUUACAACGGUUGAUUUGGCAGAGAAAAUCCUGCUUUUAUCCCUUGCAUAUUCGGGCUCAUACGGGCCUGCCAGGACCCCUGAGCAAAGGAAAUGAUAUAGUGGAUCAAUGGACCCGACAAGAAUGGGUAUUUAUUAGCUCUGUCUUAGACAGAGCCAAAAUCUUUCAUAAAACAUUUCAUGUUAAUGCAAAAGCACUACAACAAAAAUUUCAAAUUUCUCGAGCCGAUGCGAGACAGGUGAUAUUAGACUGUCCUCGAUGUGUAAUUUAUCAGCAUCCGCCCAGUAUUGGGGUUAAUCCCCGGGGUUUGCUCCCGCUAAAAGUUUGGCAGAUGGAUGUGACUCACAUCUCUGAGUUUGGACACCAAAAAUAUGUACAUGUGUCUGUGGACACCUGCUCAGGUGUUAUACAUGCCAUGCCCUUGGCUGGAGAAAAGGCACGCAAUGUUAUUGCCCAUUGUUUGGAGGCCUGGGCAGCCUGGGGAAAACCUUAUCAACUUAAGACUGACAAUGGACCUGUGUACACAGGACAACAGUUUGCCUCCUUUUGUCAUCAAAUGGAGGUGCAACUUAUACAUGGUUUGCCCUACAAUCCCCAAGGCCAAGGCAUUGUGGAACGUGCUCACCGCACGAUAAAAGAGUGCCUACAAAAACAAAAGGGGGGAAUUGGCCAUGGCCGUACCCCAAAGGAAAGACUUUCUCUUGCUUUAUUUACUAUUAAUUUUUUAAAUUUGGAUGCUCAGGGUCAAUCCACAGCAGAUAGACAUAAUGAACCUCAUGGCCCAGCAAAAGGGAUGGUAAAAUGGAAGGAUGUCUUGACAGGGCUCUGGGGCGGGCCCGAUCCCAUGCUGACAUGGGCACGAGGCUCUGUUUGUGUUUUUCCUCAGGACCAACAAGAUCCAGUGUGGGUGCCUGAACACCUCACUAGAAAAGCCCAGUGUGAAGAGGCACGAGAAGCGGGGGGUGAUGAUCCUCCUGCUCAUCCUUGCAAUGGUGCAACCGGGAAGACCAGUACCAAGAUGGGGGAUCCUGUUCAUGUUCCCGAGACCGAUGCCCGUACGACAUGA